AUGGUUCAAGAGGAUCAGGCCCUCAAGAUGAUAGCAGAACUUGAGUCCUGUAGGCUGGCAUCCUUCCGUGAGGAGGUUCAGAAUCUUGAGUGUCACAUUGAGGCUCUCGGAAGCCCCUUGGACCCAACCAAUGCGUGGAAGCGAGUGAUUGCAACUGGCGGAAGGAAGGAAGUUUUGCAGGCUCUAAUAGCGCAGCCCUACCUUGCAGAAACCUCCGAGGAAGUUGUUGCAAGGCUGGCAGAGGAUUUUGGCGGUUGUGAUGAAGAAACCGGAAGGCAACUCCUCAAGGCUCUUCCUCUCAGAAGGUCCAAGCGUAGAUCCCUGCUGAGCUCGAAAACGUGGCUAGUCCAUUUGUGUUCUGGAAGAACCAAGCCUGAUGAUCCUCUCCUUCAUUGGUGUGACGAGAGGAACAUUGCGCUGUUGAAUGUUGAUCUUAAUGAGCCGGGAGGUAAGGGCUGGGACCUUACUAAAAGGAAUGCAGUAUGGCGUGUGCUUAUGUGGGCAGCGGCCUCUGGAAGAGUUGCUGCGGUGUUUGCGUCGCCCCCUCGAAACCUGAGGACAGGGAGUGAAGUCCUGUGUAUCCAGGAUCAGGUGUUGUGGUCGCUUGCUUCCGUUGCUCGGGGUGUGGGAGUGCCGUACGUGAGGGAAGUGCGCGCCGAAGAAUGGAAAGACCAUCAAGCCUUCCUCAAUUGGUCAGGUUCCAAGGUGACUACCCUUAACCAGGCUCCAGCGGAUGGUGAACAUCCAAGGGCCACGUGCCUGUUGUCAAAUCUAAACUUAGGAGUCCUUGGGAAUCUGAGUGUGCCGGAUAAAGAGGUUAAGGCUAACGGUGCUUUGGGUUGGUCAAUGGGACUUCGAAGGCAUCUGGCCAGCGCACUUUCUGGCAGACCCGCGGGAGUGACGUGCGAAGUGUUGGAUAGCAUCAUUCGCUCCACCAGUUGCGCGGAGCUUCAUGCCAAGGAGCAACAGCACUUGGACGAUUUGGAGGAGGAACGGUUGAAUGCGAUGUUUGAGCAAGAGAGCGUGAUUUCUUCAUCUGAGGAGGAGUCAGAGGAUGAAGCACAGGCGGAGGUUUUAAGGGAGAAUCUAGACCUUGAAGGCCUAGAGGUCAAGGAGGUGAAGGACUUAUCGGAAACAGACCUUGAAGGCUGGAGACGUCACUUGCUUAGCGGGCAUGUACCAUAUCGCCGUGAUUGUAGGCAAUGUGUGGAGGGCGCUGCUCUAGGCACCUUCCAUACCCGUGUAAGGCAUCCCCGGAUGUAUACCUUGUCAAUAGACCUCUUUGGCCCAGUUCCCGUGGCUGAAGCGGGACGUGACGAAACCUGCGUCACCGGGAAGUGUACUUUGAGGUAUGGGUUGGUGGGAGGAGCAUCAAUAGAAGAACAGGAUGAUGAGAUCCAGUCCCCUGUCCCGGAACCAGAGCUAUUUCCGGAAUUGUUUGAUGGGGACUUGGAAGUUCCUGUGCUCAGCGCUGUGGAACAAGAUAAGGUCGGAACCUCGCUGUUUGAUACUGAUGCAGAGGUUCUUCAUACCGUUGAGAACCAAAACUGGGGCGGAGGUAACGGAGGCGGUUCAGCAGAUGCCCUGAUGGAACGGUGGACAGAGGCGAAAUAUGGAGCACCGCAUCGGACCAUUCCGAAGGGCCAUGUGCUCAUUACCCCCUCUGGAAACUUGGAGGAGGAAGGUCCUGAGGAGCCACCGCUGCCACCACCUGAAGAGCCACCUCUACCCUUGGGGACUAUACCAAUGGUGCCUUCCGUCAAGUUGUCCAUGCAUUGCAGGAAACCGAACGGCCUUCAGCAGAUAGAAGAGGAGAAUUUGAAGGUCGAGUCUGUAACCUCAACAAAGGGAAUUGAUCGAAACGACCCAGCGGUCAUGGAUUGUAGCCUGUCCACGAGUGUAGUCGAGUUUGAUGCUCGCUUACCGCAUGCCGUGCAUAAGUUCCCAGACUGGUUAAUAGUGGGAUACACUCCGUUAGGGACCGCAAAGAUUCCUUUGAGUGAUCAGGACUUCUUGAGGGAGCUGGGUUUUCGCUACAAGCCCCAGGAGGAGACCGUGGCUAGUGUCAGGGCAGUAAGUUGGAACUCCGAUUCCCACGAGGAGGAAGGUGAUACCUCUUCCAGUGAUGAUUCUGGACCACCGCCCCUAGAGCCAAUAACCCCAAGGUCUGAAUGCUCCUACGGCGAAGAGGAACAAGAAGACUCAGUGACGCAACCAGUGGGAUGGGAUGUAUCCACCAACGGGGUUCGCGUUCAACCAGCAUUGAACCUUGAGGAGACUGACUUCUAUGAGUACUUAGUUGAGAGGGAUGCUGAAGCCGCAUAUCAAAGGUUGACAGCGCUUGGGGUUCAAGAGGCUAGUGAUGAGGGAAUACAUCCUGCCGGCACAGUGAGACCGGAUGCCCCAAACCUAACGGCGCUGACCACUGGGGAAGUACAACUCAUUGAUAGGACAGAGCAAAGGUGGAUCGACUAUUGUGACCGCCCCAUCCAAGAAGGGUUAGUUCCGGCGCCGAUCGGUUUAGCUUCGUCUAGUCAGAGCCCACAGGUUACGCCUCCCUCAGCACACCUUUACCUUGACGGUAGUGAAUACCAUCACCCGUCUUCAAAGCCAACUGCAUCCAGUUCCCUGUCGGAAAAUACAGAGGUUACAACACCUCCGUUGGAGGUUGGACCACCUGAUGAUGUGAUCGAUACUAAUUCCUCUAUCCCUCCAAGUGGUGCCAUCUUUGAGGUGGACUUGAGCACGUAUGAGGACUACGCGGAAUAUUGCAUGCACAUGCAAAGUGUUUGGGAGCAGUUUGAGGAUGCGACCGUUGGAGAUGCUCAUGGACAGGAGGAGCAGGAAGAGGUUACCGAAACUCUUGGUACUCAUGACCCUGAGUCUACCGAGACCUCCGUGUACCAAUGCAAGGUGGUCUCAGCGCUAGUUGUGCACAAUGUGUCCCCGGCUGAAGUUAAGAAACAUUUGGAAGCGUGGACCCCGGCAGCAACAGCCGAGGUAAGUGCAUUAGAAGGGAUGCGGGGUAUCAAGAGGUUAAAAGGAAGGGAUGCCCUGAGGGCGGCGGCCGCACCAGGGACACAGAUCCUUCCCGCGAAAACCGUCUUCACUGUGAAACCAGGUGGUGAUGGUAGCCUGUACCGUAGAAAAUGCAGGGUGGUAGGAUGCGGCAAUUACGAAGAGAAGGAUCCUUCACUGGAACUCUAUGCGUCCGGAGUGCCGUCUGAGGUACUGCGUGCAAUCCUGAUCGAGUGUGCCGUGCGUAAAUUUCUCGCAUUUAUAACGGACGUGAAAAACGCAUUCCUCCUUGCCCCGCUACCAGCAGAUAUGAAUGGAAAAAUUCUCCUCAGGCCUCCCAAGGUCUUGGAGGCUAUGGGAAUCACUGAACCGAAUGAAAUCUGGGAGGUCUGCAAGGCCGUGUACGGCUUAAGACAGUCCCCUCGCUGGUGGUCUGAGUAUAGGGACAGCGUGCUGCGCACUGCUACUUGGAAUGGCGUGUCGGGUUGUGAAGCUGUGGUGCUCGCCCAGAGUACUGAGGCAAUGCUGGAGAUGGUUGACAACAGAGACCUGGACGUGGAUCAUUGCCCAGGUGAUUACCAGCUUGCAGAUCUCCUGACCAAGGGCUCCACACUUCUUGCCGUGUCUGGAGUAGGCGACGCAGAAGACGCUAUCCUGAACAACGACCAAGCGGAGUUGCCAGAGGAAGGUCAGGCCAUGUAUCGAUCAGACUCUCGAGAUCACAACAGGUCCAGUCGCCCCAAAGCUCGAGCUCAACCGCACACGCCAGAGGCUCCUCAGAAGGAGAACAAGACGCAGCUCAUGGUGGAUGAUGUGUUGCAGACAGUGCGGUCGGCUUGUGACUCAAUCGAAGACCAUGCCGAGGAGUUAGGCACGACAAAUGCACUCAAGUUGCUGGCGGAUGCUAUCAAAGAUCUCCAGAAAGAAGACCGAAUCAUGUUGAGUGGUCGUGAUGAAACACCGACAAAGCCCACAAGUCCGUCGAAACAGGACCUGACACCCCAGUACUCUCGGAAGCAGAUGGAUGAAGCUCAGCGCGCUGUGCAAAGCUGCGUGCAGAUGAUUCAGGAUGCCUUCAGACGAGUGGCAGAGGGUAGAGCCGCCGGGGCUGCUACACAGCUCUCCCUGUGCUUUGACCGCCCACCGCGGUCUGCUAAGGAAGUGGCUUUGCGCCUUCAAAGCUUAUUUCACGGCAACCCGACGGUGCCUGUUGAAUACUUAGCUGAGGAAGCGGGCAUGACCUGGCAGAAACCCGCGGCCAGCGCGUGGUUUGCGGAGAAAGGGGGGGAUGCCCGGAAGGUUGUCUUCCGCAUCCACGUGCCAGCAAGGGCUACUUUCCGCAAGGCGUCCAAGAUGAGUCUGCAGUUCACCGUGGAAUCUAGGACACUUACGAUCCAAUCCACCAAGGUAAAUUUGAUCGAGUUUGCGGCACCGUUAGUGGCCGCUUUUGGUCCUGUCGGGACUGCUAGCCCCCUCCAAGGUGCAGCUGUGGAUAUUGAUGUUUCCAAAUACUUGCCCAGGAGGUGA